AUGAAAACGGAACAUGUAGGUAGCUCUGGUAGUAAUAGUGUUGUUUCUGAUGAAGAUAGUGAUUUAAGCGAUGUGGAUUUUGAUUCAGAUGAUAGCUUGCAGGAAAGAGACUAUGUUGUAACUGAUGGUGAUACGGGAAAUAGCUCAGAUUCUGAGAUAUUGAAAUUUGAUUACGAGACAAGCAGCUAUCACCUGCUACCGAAGUAUGGAAUAAUAUUUUGUACUGAAUUUAAUAUUGGGUUUAAAUUUCCCAGAAGUGAUACAUGCAAAGAUUGCGAUUCUUUGCAUAUUCAAAUUGAUGGAAACAAAGAUAAUGAAACUGAGCAGGCAAAAUUUAAGCUUGAACUUGAGUUACAUCAAAGAAGGGUCAGUGCUAUGCAAAACAGCUUGAAAGUUGUUCAACAGGCGGGAUCUGCAGAUGUCCUUACGUUUAAUCUCCAACAGGCACUACCCACUCCAAAUUUAACUGCCGGUCCAGCUUUUUAUCUCCGUAAACUAUGGAAAUAUAAUUUUGGGAUACACGAUUGUGUAAACAAUAAAGGGUAUAUGUAUAUGUGGAGCGAAAACAUAGCAAAAAGAGGAAGUGAUGAGAUAUGUAGCAUGCUUCUAAAACAUUUCAAGAACCACCAACCAACCUCCGAAGAACUCUUCGUUUACAGCGAUAACUGCGGAGGCCAGAACAAAAAUUGGUUGGUAAUGGCUUUCUGGCUAAAUCUCGUGCGAUCAAAAGUGUACAAAAAAAUUGAACAUCGCUUUACGACAGCUGGUCAUACUCAUUUGCCGUCAGAUCGAGACUUUGCAACCAUAGAAAAGUACAAAAAAAAAUGCAGCAAGUUUUUGUGCCUGAACAAUGGAGCCUUCUCAACAACAUUUCAAAAAAACAUAUGCGACGACAAGCAAUUACUGAAAUUUUCUAGUGUAAGAUGUUUUCGUUUUGAUAGUGAAUUUCCAAAUACUAUGUUUGUAAAACAUCUGUUCAAUGAAGAAUUCCGUGCAGUUAAUAAAGGACUAAGUAACUGUCGACUGUUUGGUUUCAAUCCAAAUAAUCCCAAGGAUCAGGAUAUCUUAUUAUCGUUCCUAGACGAAGAUGAAUUGGAAAGAGAAUGUGAAAAUGUACUACAAAACCUUGAAAAUAAUUCAGAUUUGGAAUUAGACAGCGAUAAUGACAACAUAGAACCCGCGAAUAAUUUUGUUAAGAAGAGAUAG